CAAUUACACAUGCGCAUAACCAAUCUGGACUAAAAUAAUCUGCAAGUUUAUCAGAAUACGAUUUGAGGUUAGUUUACGUUUGUUAGUAGAAAAAAGCCGCUAAGAUAUAUAAAACUUUAUUAUGAAAUAAAUAAAUAUUCAUUGACAUUGGACGUUCAACACAUCUAGAAUGAAUUCAGUCACGAGAAAUUUUAAACAGAAACUACAAACAAUGUGUCAUCGUUCUAUGUAUGACACAAAACAAAAACAAAAGACACACUGGAUUAAACCAAUCGGUUAUGAGACAAACAUUACAGUGUAUAAUACCACAACAAAGUGUACAGUACCAUUAAUUUUGAAAAAUAAAAAUUAUUUAACCUGGUACGUUUGUGGACCAACCGUUUAUAAUUCCGCACACAUCGGACACGCAACCACUUACGUGAGAACAGAUAUUAUUAGGAGAAUAUUGUCAGAUCACUUUAACAUAAAUGUUGUAAUGGCUAUGUCUGUAACGGACAUAGACGAUAAAAUAAUAAAUCACGCGAAAACGACUAAUCGAAACUUUCAAGACAUAUCAAAACAUUACGAGAGAGAAUUCAUGGAAGACAUGCAUAUGUUAAAUGUAUCCAAACCUAAUCUAUAUUGCAGAGUUACUGAUUUCAUUCCCGAAAUUAUUAAUUUCAUUGAUAAUAUUGUUCAGAAGAGAGAAGCAUAUGUUGGAAAAGAUGGAUCGGUAUACUUCGAUGUAAACAAACAUAAUAUUUAUGGCAAGCUAUCACCUCCAUUUCCAGAUAGUGAUCAUCCUAAUAAAAAAUCAGCGUUAGAUUUUGCACUGUGGAAAGUAGCCAAGAAAGGAGAACCAUCUUGGGAAUCCCCAUGGGAUAAUGGAAGACCAGGAUGGCACAUCGAAUGUAGCACCAUUGCAAGCACAGUUUUUGGAAAUUCCAUAGACAUUCACAGUGGUGGGAUAGAUCUUGUUUUUCCACACCAUGAAAACGAGGAAGCCCAGUCAUGCUCUUUCCAUGGCGUGAAUCAAUGGGUAAAUUAUUGGCUGCAUUGUGGACAUCUGCUCUUAAAAGAUGUGAAAAUGUCGAAAAGUCUUCAGAAUACUAUUAGCAUAAGAGAACUCCUUAAAAAAUAUACUGCAAAUCAAUUCAGAAUGCUAUGCUUACUUUCCAAUUACAAUAAUGAUAUUGAAUUCUCUGAUGAAGUAAUGAAUAAUGCAGUAAGCAUAAUGAAUAAAGUGGAACAUUUCGUUGCUAAUUGCAACAACUAUGUCGCUAGAAGAUGGUCAUUCGGCAAUAUAGACGAAGUUGCACUGCUCUAUUGUUUAGAGGAAACGAAAAAUGAUGUUGAUGCAGCAUUAGCGAAUAAUUUUAACACCUCACAAGCAACACACUCGAUAUUGAAACUGAUCGAUAUGGGAAAUAAAAUGUUGCAUGAUUCCUCUAAACCAGCCACAAGCAGAAGUAUACCUGCCAUAAGUGCAGUCUCAGAUUAUGUAUCUACAAUGUUCUCAAAGCUCGGAAUUGGACGCUCAGAAAUAGCGGAUGAAAACAAAGUGAAUAAUCUCAUUGAAUACUUCAUAAAAUUCAGGAAAAUUGUUCGAAACAGGGCUAAGGAAACAAAUGUAUCGGAUAAAGUUUUGCUGUCUGCAUGUGACGAAGCACGAAACGAUCUUUCGAAGUGCGGGGUGCUCGUGAAGGUACUUAUUUUAACGAUUACAUGCAUCGUAUAUAGAGAAUCAUAAUCUUGCUGUUUUAUCCGCAGGAUUCCAAGACUGAGACCACCUGGAGUAUAAAGUCAUACUGAAUUAAAAAUCAUCCAAAGGAUAUGAUAUUUUAAAUAGCGCUUUAAUAAAAAUAUUCCUAUGUAUUUACAUUGGAACUCGUAUUUAAUUAUCUCAA